AUGGCAUGCCCCACGCGGGCACAGCCCCGGGCGCUGGUGGGGCUGUCGCGGCCUCGAGUGGUGGCCACGCUCAGGGGAACCAGCAGGAUGGCCCUCAGGGCUGCCGCCGUUGAGGUGGAGACCGCCGAGCAGGGGGCCGCCGCUGAGGCGCCGGCGCCCACGGCCGCUCCCGGGCCCGUGUUCAGCAACAUCAGCUAUGGCGAGCAGUACGACCGCCUGAUGGCGGAGUACAAGGCGCGCGGCGAGCCGCUGCCCAUCAAGCAGAUGCUGCCCAAGCCUGAUGCAGAGAAGCAGGCGAAGGAGGCGGGCGCCACCAAGGUCCCCUUCUCGUCGGUCUUUGCGACCAAGAAGGUCCCGCUGUUCUUCGGCCGCAGCUGGAACACAGUUGACUGGCAAUACGUCGGUUUCAUGGUCGCCAUGCACGGCCUGUGCCUGCUGGCGCCCGCCACCUUCAGCAUGGCGAACCUGGGGCUGUUUUUUGUGACCUACUUUAUCACGGGCUGCCUGGGCAUCACGCUGUCGUUCCACCGCCAGCUCAGCCACCGCUCGUUCCAGUCGCCCAAGUGGGUGGAGUACGCGCUGGCGUACUGCGGGGUGCUGGCGGUGCAGGGGGACCCCAUCGAGUGGGUCUCGUCUCACAGGUACCACCACCUGAACACCGAGACGGCCCUGGACCCUCACUCUCCCUACGAGGGCUUCUGGUGGAGCCACAUGGGGUGGCUGCUGGAUAACCAGGACGACGCGGGAUGA